UGCUUUGCUUAAUCCCAAAACCUCUCUCACCCAAAAACCCCUUUCUUGGCGCCUCGGUUGUUUCUGAAACUUCCUUUGUUCUCUCUCUCUCUCUCUCUGUACUUGGAGGUGAGAGCGUAACCGAGAGAAGCUUGGAAGCGAGCGUGCUCGCCAUUUGAUUCUGCUGAGUUAAUGAGGCAGCUUCAGAGGAGCUUGUUCAUGGCAACUACUUCCAGCAACGCUAUUUCUUCCUCUGUAUUUUCAACAACUCCGUCUGCUUCGUUCUCGCGACUCCGUCCUUUGUUGGCUAAGUUGCAGAGCAGGACUUUUCAAAAUAAUACUAGCAAAUGCAUACCCGUUUUACCUUUUUCCACUGUUUGUAAUUACGCCAAAUGUUCUCAGCUUGUUUUUAGAAAAAGCAGAGUAACAUUUGCUGUCAAGACUGAACGUGCAAAGGCUGGGCAGUGUCGUACAUGUGAUGGGCCAAGUUGUGUUUUCACUCUACAUUCCCGCUUACCGUUGGGAUUUCAUCAUUCUGUUGCAUCCCCAAAUGCUUCUAAGCGACAGGUGUUAAAUGGCACUUUUACACCUACAUUACCUAAUUAUAGAGCUUUUGAAAAGAAGUUCUUUUCUCAAUCUACAGAAGCAUUGAAUAAAACUGAGAAUGAGAAUGUUAAAUAUGCAAGUAAUGGAACAAGUACAUUCCCAUCUGAAGGAUUGAAUAAAAAAUCGAAGGGUGCCAAGCCUGUUGCUACAUCCAGGAAAAAGCGAAUUAGUGCUUCAGGGUCCACUGGCUCCACUAGUGUUGUUGGAACAAAUUCAAGCGAUCAGUUGGUUGGAGUUACCAAGGAGGCAGGUAAAGUUUCAUCUAAUUCUUCUUCAUCCGUUAGGAAAGCAUCCAAGGGUUUGAAAGAAAAGAACUCUGGGAGCAAGAAAAAGAAGGAAGCUAUAUCUCCAACCAAUUCUUCAGAUGUUGAAGCAGUAUGCAAGGAUAGUCAGUCAAAGAGCUUAGAUAGUAGCAAUGUUGAUAAGAAUGUUGUACAAAAUCCGAAGAAAAAAUCAUCGGGGGGUACUGCCAAAGGUUCUGUUUCAACUACACAACAAUCCAACAAGAAAAAAGGUAACUCGAGCAGAAAAAAAGAAGCUCAGAAAGAUGCUAGUAAGUUGCCACAGAAGCCAAACCUUGUAGUGGAUGCAAGGGGGAAAUCUCGGGGAAUAACAACUUUGAAGAAGCUAUAUCCCCCAAUGGGAAAGUCUGUUAUGGUGGUGGAAUCUGUUACGAAGGCAAAGGUUAUUCAGAAUUAUCUUGGUGAUAUGUUUGAGGUGCUACCUAGUCAUGGCCAUGUUAGAGACUUGGCUGCAAGGUCAGGAUCUGUUAGACCUGAUGAUGACUUCAGUAUGGUGUGGGAGGUUCCUUCCGCUGCCUGGACUCAUCUCAAGAGCAUAAAAGUUUCCUUAAAUGGAGCAGAGAACCUUAUUCUUGCAUCUGAUCCUGAUCGUGAAGGCGAGGCUAUUGCUUGGCAUAUAAUUGAGAUGUUGCAGCAGCAGGAUGCUCUACAUGAAGGUAUUAGCAUAGCAAGGGUUGUUUUUCAUGAAAUAACUGAGGCUUCUAUCAAAAGUGCCCUGCAAUCUCCUAGAGAAAUUGAUGCAAACUUGGUUCAGGCUUACCUUGCACGGCGUGCUUUAGAUUAUUUGAUUGGAUUUAAUAUUUCACCAUUAUUAUGGAGGAAAUUACCAGGUUGUCAAUCAGCUGGGCGUGUUCAAUCAGCUGCACUCGCCCUAAUAUGUGAUAGAGAAUUGGAAAUUGAUGAAUUUCAACCACAAGAAUAUUGGACUAUUGACAUUGAGUUGAACCAAAAAGAUCCUUGUUCUUCAGUGGAAGAAUUUACAGUCCCUGCACAUUUGACCCAUUUUAAUUCUAAGAAGUUAAAUCAGUUUGCAAUUAGCUCCACCACAGAGGCAAAGAAUAUAGAAACUGCACUAAAGUCAGUAAAUUUUCAAGUUCUUAGUUCUAAAAAGAAUAGAGUGCGGAGAAACCCUCCAAUGCCAUAUAUAACAUCUACACUUCAGCAAGAUGCAGCAAACAAACAUAAUUUUCCUGCAAGUUACACAAUGAAGCUUGCCCAGAAACUUUAUGAGGGAAUUCAACUUGCUGAUGGAAAGGCAGCUGGCUUAAUAACUUAUCCAAGAACAGAUGGGCUACAUAUCUCUGAUGAAGCUGUUAAGGACAUUCGCUCCUUGAUUAAGCAAAGAUACGGGGAGAACUUUGUCUCAGAAAGUGCACGCAAAUAUUUUAAAAAGGUCAAGAAUGCUCAAGAGGCUCAUGAAGCAAUCAGACCCACUGAUGUGCAACGAUUACCCUCAAUGCUAGUGGGAACACUCGACGAAGAUUCUCACAAACUAUACUCUCUUAUUUGGCUCAGAACGAUGGCAUGUCAAAUGGAACCUUCUAUCACUGAACAGAUUCAAAUUGACAGUGGACUUGCGGAUGAGUCCAUCAUUUUCCGAUCUACAUGCUCAAGAGUUCAAUUUCGUGGCUUUCAAGAAGUUUUUGAGGAUCCAGAAGUUGAUGCAAUCAGACAUAAAGACCAUGAAGAAAAUGAACGGGACGAACUUUUUAGAAUUCUUAAUGCACUGAAGUCAGGGGAUCAAUUGUCUCUAGCUGCAGUUGAACUCAAGCAACAUUUUACCCAGCCCCCUCCUCGCUAUUCGGAGGGAACAUUGGUUAAGAAGAUGGAGGAGCUAGGGAUUGGGAGACCUUCCACAUAUGCAAGCACAUUAAAAGUUUUACAGGACAGGAACUACUUGUCAGUGAAAAGUCGUGUUCUACAUCCAGAGUUUCGUGGGCGCAUGGUGUCCGCAUUUCUUUGUCAUCAUUUCUCCGAGGUCACUGAUUAUAGUUUUACUGCAGACAUGGAAAAUGAGCUUGAUAACGUCUCUGCUGGUUUAACUGAAUGGAAAGGCCUCCUAAAAGAUUAUUGGACACGGUUCAGCACAUAUUGUGAACGUGCUAAUAAUGUUCAUAUUCAUCAGGUGGAAAAGAUGCUGGAGAAGAAAUAUGAGGACUUCUUAUUUUCUUUUCUUCCUGAUAAUUGUAGAUCAUGUCCAAGUUGUACGGAGGGCACUCUGAUCUUCAAAGUUAGUCGGUAUGGUGCAGGCUAUUUCAUAGGUUGUGAUCAACACCCAAGAUGCAAAUAUAUUGCAAAAACAUUAUAUGGUGAGGAUGAAGAAGAAGUUACUCCUCAAAAUAACCAGAGUGUGGAAGAGCCAAAGUUGCUUGGUCUUCAUCCAGUUUCUAGUGAAAAGAUUCUUUUGAAGAGUGGUCCAUAUGGGUUUUAUGUGCAGCUUGGUGAGGACAGGAAAGGGUACAUGCCCAAAAGAACCUCUGUUUCCCAGAUAAAGGACGUGGACUCUAUUACUCUUGAGGACGCCCUUGAACUAUUACGCUACCCAAUUACUUUGGGAAACCAUCCAAAGGAUGGUCAACGAGUGUUAAUAAAGAUCACGAAAGCUGGGUUCACAGUUAGGCAUCGACGCACGAUAGCUUCCGUUCCCAAGAACUUGAAGCCAAAUGAUGUCGAUUUAGCGAAAGCGUUGGAGCUUCUGUCGAGCGAAGAUGUUAGAAGGUGUGGGCGACCUAAAAGCAAAGCAAAAGCUGAGGAAGCUGUUGAAGCCAUUUAGGGCUUCUCAAUAGAGGGGAUUAUGUGCGGCCUUUGGCUUAUUUAUUCAUUUUUGUCAGCUACAUGACGCAGGUUCUUUAGUAGGAAUUUUGACUUUAUUGUAAUUUUGCAACGGGAAAAAUACAAAAAAAUAUACUUUAAAUAAAUGUAAACAAUUGGAUUUACAAACAUGG